UUCAGUUCUCCGUUAGACCGGAGCAGUAAUGGCAAGAAGUGGUUCGUUUUCUCAGUUUUCACCGCUAAAAACUUCGCCGACUCCAAAUGAGAUGCGUUGUGUAUUACUUUAAUUUCAAAUUUGCUUUAUUUUUCUUUCCGAAGACAAAUGAGUCAAGAAGAAACGUCAAAAGAGAGGCAGAAGAGUAGCGAUCUUCUUCUCCUUCAGGUCCCGACACUUUGUGCUGGGAGCGCUUCCAGCGAGCCAGAGGCCACCAGCUGCCGAUGACUCCAUAAGCAGCGGCCAUGGCUGCCCAUCGAAUCAUUCGAGUGAACCACAAUCACAUCCUCCCUCGCUGUAAGUCUGAGGGGACGCUCAUCGAGCUGGAUGAGGGGCCGGCCGGGGCCAGUCUCAGUGAUGUUAAAGUGCCUUCUCCCAGUGCCUUAAAGCUUGACAGUCAAGACUCCCUUGGAGCUGCUCAGGAGGUGGUCGCUAUCAAGGAUUAUUGCCCAAGCAGCUUCACCACCCUGAAGUUCUCCAAAGGGGAUCACCUCUACGUGCUGGACACGUCAGGCGGGGAAUGGUGGUACGCCCACAACAACACAGAGAUGGGAUACAUCCCAGCCGCCUACGUCCAGCCAGUCAACUUCAGGAACUCUUCACUUAGCGACAGUGGGAUGAUUGACAGCCUCGGGGAGGGGUAUGAUGAUGGUGGGAAGGAGUUUGGAGGUCUUGGGGAGUGGAUGGGGAUGAGCCUGAAGCCCUCCACCAUUUACAACAACACUCCGUUUUCUGUGAACCCUUUCAUCUGUCCGCUAAAUCAAAACUCCAAAGAUGUAAGCGUGAGGAACUCGGCAGAUCUUAUCUACUUGGAGUCUCUGGCAUCACCGUCGUCUUGUUCUAACAGUUGUUCAGUCAUGAGCAACGGAUUUAGCAGCUGCCAUAUUAAUAGCCUCAACUCAACCAGUCCAAACCAAGAGGUUCCAUCCAACUUCCAGAGUGAAAACCCCUUUUUUAAAAGCAAACGUUCCCACAGUCUAUCAGAACUCUCUGUCUUACAGGCGCAGUCGAAUCCAACUUUACCUUCAUCUGGGUUCUUUACGGGCCUGAUGGCUCCUUUACCGGAGCAGUUUCAGAGCAGAGAGGACUUUAGGACUGCCUGGUUGAACCACAGAAAAUUGGCUCGAUCUUGCCAUGACCUGGACUCUUUGGGCCAGAGUCCCGGAUGGGGACAGACCCAACCGGUGGAGACCAAUAUUGUCUGCCGGCUGGACUGUAACGGAGGAGUUGUUCAGCUUCCUGACACACACAUCAGCGUACAUAUCCCUGAGGGCCACGUUGGUCAUGGAGACUACCAGCAGAUCUCCAUGAAAGCCUUACUGGACCCCCCUCUGGAGCUGAACAGCAACCACUGCACCACGGUAAGCCCAGUGGUGGAGAUCAAGCUCAGCAACAUGGAGACAAAGUCAUUCCUAACACUAGAGAUAAAAGUGUCAGUGGCUGUGAAGAAGGAGAGUUGUCAUGCUGCCGAUGUGCUUUGUGUGCGCAGUGACUGCAAAGAAGGACCUUACACCCCGAUACCCAAUGCCUACAUCUUCAAAGACACAGUUCAGGUACAGCUGGAUAGUCUGGAGCCUUGCAUGUAUGUAGCGGUUGUUGUUCAGGCACAGUACGUCGGACACAACACAACAGUCUGGGAUCAUGUGCAGAGGAAAGUCAGUCUCGGUGUUUACGGACCCAAACACAUCCAUCCCUCAUUCAAGACAGUUGUGGCUAUGUUCGGGCAUGACUGUGCCCCCAAAACCUUGCUGGUGAAUGAUGUGACAUGGCAGGCGGCCUCGACUCCACCUGUGGCGCUGCAGCUGUGGGGGAAGCAUCAGUUUGUGUUGCCGUUCCCUCAGGACCUGCAGAUUGGACUCUAUUCCAACAUGUCCAACUACCAGGUGAAGGCGAGUGAAGGAACCGGGAUAAUACGGGGGUUUCAGGUGAAGCUAGGGAAAGUUAGCAGGCUCCUCUUCAUGAUCACGUCACUCAACCCCAGCAGUAUCUCAGACUUUACUCUCAGGGUCCAGGUUAAGGACGCUUUAGACUGCAUCUUGACCCAAUUCUGCGUUCAGACGCCACAGCCGCCACCAAAAACUGGAGCAAGGAUCACUGGCCAGCGGAGAUUCCUGAAAAAGAGAGAGGUGGAUAAGAUCGUACUGUCUCCUCUGGCUGUCACGUCAAAACACCCAAAGUUUCAGGAUCGGUGUGUUACCAACCUCAAGUUUGGUAAGCUGAUUAAAACGGUGAUCAGGCAGCAUAAGAACAUGUACCUGCUGGAGUACAAGAAGGGUGACGUUAUCGCCUUACUCAGCGAGGAGAAAAUCAAGCUACGAGGGCAGCUCCGGACCAAGGAGUGGUACAUUGGAUACUACCAGGGAAAGCUGGGGCUGGUUCAUGCUAAGAACGUUCUAGUUCUUGGUAAAGUCAAGCCCAUUUACUGGUGUGGGCCAGACCUUACCACCACAAUGUUGCUGGAUCAGAUCCUGAAGCCUUGUAAGUUCCUCACCUACAUCUACGCAACUGUGAGGACGGUCCUGAUGGAGAACGUGGGCAGCUGGAGGGCAUUUGCAGAUGCACUUGGAUACGGGAACCUGCCCCUGAAUUAUUUUUGUCGGACAGAACUGGACAAUGAGCCGGAGAGAGUGGCGUCGGUUCUGGAGAAGCUAAAGGAAGAGUGUACUAACAUGGAGAACAAAGAGAGGAAGUCCUUCCAACGGGAACUCAUGAUGGCAUUGCUGAAGAUGGACUGCCAGGGUUUGGUGGCUAAGCUGGUGCUGGACUUUGUCCUGCUGACCACCGCGGUGGAGGUGGCGUCCAGGUGGAGGGAGCUGGCCGAGAAGUUGGCCCGAGUUUCCAGGCAGCAGAUGGAGGCUUACGAGGCUCCGCACCGCGACAAGAACUGCGUCCUGGACAACGAGUCCAUGUGGAAACCAGCGUAUGAUUUCCUGCUGACGUGGGCGGCCCACGUUGGGGACAGCUACCGGGACGUGAUCCAGGAACUCCACCACGGCCUGGACAAAAUGAGGAACCCCAUCACUAAGAGGUGGAAACACCUGACGGGGGCGCUGAUCCUCGUGAACUGCCUCGAUAGCCUCCGCAGUGCCGCUUUCUGCCCCACCGGUUAUGGGGACUUUGCCGUUUGAGCGUUCUGUCCCUCUUGGAAAACAUUUAAACUCCUCAGCGCAUGGUGGGAAUAAUUCAAACCCAUUUUUAAAACUAGAAUAUGGCCGAAUCUCCAGGCUUUGUUCUGCAUCUGAUUAUCAGGAUAUAUGGAAACUCCAGUUGAGAGCCCUGCUUGCUUGAUUUUUUCUUGCUUUUCUACUUCUUUCUACUGUGUCCUCUGAUGUGGUUGUGUCCUUUUCUAUCUCGUAAACUGCUCCUGUCACUGUCUGACUGUUAAUUGUUGCUUGUUUUUAGGUUUUUCCUGUCUUUACCCUCAGGAGAACAUAAAAAACCUCACAUACCACAGUAAAUAAACAACACUGCGAGCUGUUUAUGUACUUGGACAGGUUUGUUAGUUCUAAAAACAAAAAUUAUCUUCUAUCAAAACUAAACUUUAGCACUUGAAUAAAACAUAUUUAUAUAUUUCAGUUUUAUAAAUUCAAUUAAGAUUAAAUUUUUUAGAAACUAAAUUGCCAAACAGUAAGGCUAACAUUAUAGUUAGUGUUAGCCGUUAGCAUUUGCAAUCAGUAAAGUAAGAGAUUAACUUUGUUAAUGAGUGUACUUCAUUUUCAAAGUAAAACUGAAGUGUAAUAUAAACAAAAAAUACCUUUUAGUGGAGAAUUACAAUCAUUUUAAACACUCUUAUCUCUGUAUCUUAUUAAAUACAGUAUCUAAUGUCCAAAAAGUGUCACUAUAUAUAUAUAAAAACAUGAGUUUAUAUUUGAAGAUAAAAACAUUGUUGAUAAUGUUUCUCAUAAAAAUGCUUAGGGUAAUGCUAACACUAUAGUUAGCAUUAGCUGUCCAUAUUGUUAAAGAUUUCCUGCCUGCAGAUGCUAUUGAAUCAAUUUUCAAAAUAAAUUGACUGUUUUUCAAUGGGAGAUUCAAUUCAGUCCACCUAAAAUCUUGUUAAUAAAGAUCCAAUUUUUAUAAAAAUAGUAAUCCACAAUUUGCUAGCACGUCAGUUAGCAAUAAAUAUUUGCAAUGCAGUUACUUCUCUACUUCUCAGAAUGUGUAAAGUAUAAUUUUGACAUGAAAACAAAUAAAUUUCUGGUUGAAAAUUAGCACAUUGAUUCUACUGGAAUAAAACAAUGCCCCAAAAUAAACAACAUUUAAGCUAAUGCUAAUGUUAGCAUUAGCAGUCUUUACAAUAACAGUUGAAUGUGUCUGAUUCUCAAAUUAUGCCUAAUUAUAAAUUUUGUUUAUUUCAAAUGGAAAACAACCCUUUGAACAUUAUUUACAUUAAAAUCUUGUUUUAGUCGAAAACAACUAACCAGUUUUUAUGCAAAGGCUAAUCUGAUAGUAACUAGCUAGACCGCUAGCACACAAGUACAUCUUCUGCCCUGCAUAUUAUUUAACCUUUAGUUUCAGGUUUCUGAUAAUCAAGAGAUAUCUUUAGCUAAAAAAAAUAGAUAUUUUUAGCAAGACUGUAAAUUUUUAUGUUCAUCCCCCUUUAAACAUAAAUAUAAAUUACAUACUGAAUACUCUAUGAAUUAAUAUUUCAAUCCAUCAGGGUCACAAUAAUUUGAACUUGUCAAAUAUUAGUUAAAGGGAUAUUUACUUUGAUGCAAUCUUCUUUUCUGCCACUAGAUGUCACUGCAUUCAAAAUGGUAGGCCUUUAAAAAAUCCUAUGUUAGCAAAGAAAGUUUGUUGUUUUUUGUUGCAGUUUUAUUUAUAGAAACUGUUUCUGCUGUAAUAAGUUUUUGAAUGUAACUUCAGCAACAAUAAUCAUGGAUUUUUGUGCUUUUUGUUUAUUAACUGCUCAUAUUUUUGUCAUGUUGAUGUUUCUCCUGUGACGUCUGCAGUGCUUGGGAUAUUUACACUAUCAGAAGAGAAAAUGAGUGAGAAAUUUUUAUAUUUUUACUAAAAACCAAGCGAGCAUCGACAGAUUUAUAAGAGAAAAUCUACCACUUGUGAUGGGUAGCAUAUCAGAAUUCAGUAUUACUGUUUAGAAAGCAUCAAUAAAGUGGGAAUGUACCGAGUACAAGUGUGGGUUCUGGUUUUAAUUUCCAUCCAGAACCGUGUGUGUUGAAGGUCUUACUGUACCUGUUGCAGGACAAACAAUUGCAAAACUAAUACCCAGGGAUUAUUUAGUUGCAAAUAUUUCCAAAUCCCAGCAAAAAAACAAAAUCUCUUAAUCUUCUGUUCACAAGAUCAAAACAUGCAGCUUGUAGGUUUUAUUUGAAGUUAUAAAAUAGCUUUUCCCUCUAACCUUAUUAAGCUCAGAUGUUUCCUUUUUGUGCUGCAGCAGCAAAUGUAUUUCUGAGUCGCAUCACUGAACAUGUUUCUUUCUCCUCAGACUAAUAGUGCUUGUUAUUCUGCUCACCAGGUGUCUUUUUCAAUCUCUGGCAGCAAUAAGAGCGAACCCUCCACCCUUUGUUGUUCUGUCAGGGUUCAUCGCCAUGCAGAUGGUUUUUACGCCGCUGCAC